ACAUAUUCAAAAUAGCUGAUUUUAAGUCUUUGUCUUGUAAAUCCAACAUCUGGGCUUCCUCAAGAAUGGUAUAUAUAUUUUUUUCCUGUGUAUGGGCCAUACUUUUUUAUUACUUAGUGUGUCUUGUAAAUUUUAACUGGAAACUGAACAUUUUAAAUGAUACAAUAUGGUAACUCUGGAAAUCUGAUUCUUUUCCCUUUCCAAGUGUAUUCCAAGUCAGGGCAAACACAGACCCUUGAAUGUGGGAUCUUCCAGGUAGCCAGAUAGACCAUAUAGUGAUCAUUUCUUGGGGAAGAAACUUUGAAGGAGCACUAGCCCAGUCCUGCUCCCUCUUGUGGCUGCCUGCCUUAUGGUUUUCACUGCAAGUGCAGCUGUUAGUUUUCAGGACGACUGUAGAGUUUGAGGAUACUUUUAUACUCAGGAUAAAAGUGCCGUGUAUAUAAAGACAGAGGCUGGAGAAGUGAGUGGCUGGAAGGAGGUCUGCAGACAGGAUUCUUCCUCACCCUCACUCAGGCGCCAGUUUUCCCUCUGGAUGUUCAAAGCGGAGCCCAGCAAGGUGUGCCAGUUCUUACACACUGGUAAUUUCUACAGAACCCCUGGCUCUGGGUAGGUUCAAAUUGCAAUGUCUAGAGAGCUCUGGUUGCAGUUUCUGAUACCUACAGCAGUGGAGUAGUGUGAUUUGCCUCACAUAGCUAACAUCAGGGUUCACACUAGCCUGAACUGUCUGUACUCCCAAAUAAAACAACAGUUCAAAUAUAUUUUUACUAAAUGUUAUAUUUAGUCUGUAUUAAACUUCAAACUAUAUGACGUCUAUAUAUAGUUUGGUCUACUUGUUGAUAACUUUCCCUUUUCCAUUUUUUGUAGAUAUAAAUAAAUACAAAUCAUACUUUGUCACUCUUCAUGGUCAAUCACUAUGCCUUCUUUAUGGUUCUGUAAUUGCAUAAGGAACCUAGGAAGACAGGAGGGUUACAGGAGCAGGGGAUGAGAGUGCUGUUCAGCUAGCAGCUAUAGUCAGCUAACCUGGCCACCACUUGUAGCUCUGUGUUCAAGAGAAUCUUGACUCUUAAAAAAUCUCACAAACUGUUGAAGAAACAGCAUAUCAAAUAGUUACUUAUAAGAAAUCUGUUCCCAAAUGUUCUUUUUUCAAAUUAAAGAUACUAAGGCAAUCACAUCUAUCCCUAUCCAAAUGUUCCAUUAUAAUUAAUGUGGCUUUACAAAUUCUAAUGUACAGCAGAAGCACUCAACAGGAGUUCUGAAGGAGGGUGGGCUGUCCAGAUAGAAACUGUGGUCUGUGAAAGAAAAUCAUCUGAAUAUCCUGAAAAAGACCCUAUGCCAUCCUGCCUCAACACCUUGCUAUGGUGGUCCUUUGACCUGGAAAUGACUUAGAGGCCUUACAAAUACAUCUGUGCAUUCUUGCUUCAGACUUUACAAUUGAGGGCCAACUCAGUCUGGAAGCACCACUUACUAACAUUACAAGGAAACUGCUACCUCAGCAAACAAAAAGGAAAGGAGGAGAAAACUUAUAGUAACAAAAGCCUUUUUUUAAAAUUGUUUUCAGAAAAUAUUAAAGGAAAUUUGGAAAUUUUUUGCAUUGCAAAGAAGCUUUGCAGGUAAAUGGAUUUGGCAGGCAGGCUCUGUCAAAAUUCUGCAGUGGUUUGAUCUUCCUUCUUUAAGACUUAGAGUGAAGUAAUUCUGUACUGCUUUUUAAAUUGCUGUUGAUCAGCUUAUGGGUUUUUGGGUUCUAACUUUUCUGGUAUACUGAAGAUACAUUAUAUUACAUUAUAUUAAUUUUUUAAAGUUAAGUUAUUUUUCUGCCAUUGUAAAUACAAGUAUCAAAAUAUUCUUACAAAGUAAUUAUAGUUAAACAUUUUUUUCAGCGAACAUCUUUUUAUUCAGAGUGUAAUGCUAGCAGUUCUUACACAACAGUUUGGACACAUUUUUACGUUUUGUCAGAAGUCCUGCCCACACUGAACAUACUAAUUAUACAAACCUGUUGUCCUCACAUCUACGUUGGAUGACAUGGUCACCUUCCUCAUGGAAAUGCCUUUCUUAAAACUUAGAUUUGCGGAACUCCACUAUUUUUAUACCUAGCUACAGUUUUGGGAAAGGAAAUCAGAACCUGACCUGCUCACAGCUGCUGAGACAGUCCCCGUCCCGCAUGUAUUGCUGCAGUGCCCAAGACAGUAAGAUGGACUACAAGCGGCGCUUCCUGCUUGGCGGGUCCAAGCAGAAGGUCCAGCAGCACCAGCAGUGCCCGCUGCCCGAGCUAGGCCGGGCCCUGAGCACGCCUGUGGUGCCUGCAGCCUCCGCUGCCCCCCUGGGCAGCCUCUCUGCUGCAGGCAGCUGCCACCAUGCCAUGCCCCACUCCACUCCCAUCGCUGACAUCCAGCAGGGCAUCUCCAAGUACCUGGACGCCCUCAAUGUCUUCUGUCGCGCCAGCACUUUCCUCACAGACCUCUUCAGUACUGUGUUCAGGAACUCCCACUAUGCCAGGGCAGCCACGCAGCUCAGAGAUGUGCAGGAGCAUGUCAUGGAAGCAGCCAGCCGGCUGACUUCAGCCAUAAAGCCCGAGAUUGCCAAGAUGCUGAUGGAACUCAGUGCUGGAGCUGCAAACUUCACAGACCAGAAGGAAUUCAGUCUCCAGGAUAUUGAGGUGUUGGGGCGAUGCUUCUUGACCGUGGUUCAGGUCCAUUUCCAGUUUCUGACCCAGGCAUUACAGAAGGUCCAGCCAGUAGCUCACUCUUGCUUUGCCGAGGUGUUUGUGCCAGAAAAGAAGAACAGCAGUGGUGGCAUAUCUGGCAUGGGCCACACACCCGAACUGGAGGAAGCUGUGCGAUCCUGGCGGGGGGCUGCAGAGGCAACAUCAAGACUAAGAGAAAGAGGCUGUGAUGGCCGCCUGGCAGGAAUUGAAGUUCAACAGCUCUUCUGUUCUCAAAGUGCAGCAAUUCCUGAACACCAGCUAAAAGAACUGAACAUAAAAAUUGACAGUGCUUUGCAAGCAUAUAAAAUAGCUCUGGAAAGCUUAGGCCACUGUGAAUAUGCAAUGAAAGCUGGUUUCCACCUGAAUCCAAAAGCAAUUGAAGCCAGUUUGCAGGGCUGCUGCAGUGAUGCAGAAGCACAACAGACAGGGCGGAGGCAGACCCCUCCGCAGCCCAUGCAGUGUGAGCUUCCUACCGUCCCUGUGCAAAUAGGAUCACACUUCCUGAAGGGUGUCUCUUUCAACGAGUCAGCCGCGGACAAUCUGAAACUCAAGACGCAUACGAUGUUACAGCUGAUCAAGGAAGCAGGUUGCUGUAAUGGAAUCACACCCAGAGACGAUUUUCCUGUGACUGAAGUCCUGAACCAGGUGUGCCCAUCCACAUGGCGGGGUGCUUGCAAGACUGCCGUGCAGCUGCUGUUUGGCCAAGCAGGAUUGGUGGUAGUUGACACAGCACAGAUUGAAAAUAAAGAAGCCUAUGCUCCCCAAAUCAGUUUAGAAGGCUCCAGAAUAGUGGUUCAAGUUCCAUCCACAUGGUGCCUGAAAGAAGACCCCGCUACCAUGUCCCUGCUGCAAAGAAGCCUCGAUCCCGAGAAGACCCUGGGUCUCGUGGACGUGCUCUACACGGCUGUGCUGGACCUCAACCGCUGGAGGGCAGGGAGGGAACAAGCUUUACCGUGCAUACAGAUCCAGCUUCAAAGGGAGAUCUGUGAUUUUGGGAAUCAGUCUGACCUGCCUUCUGGAAGUGGAAACAAAGCUUCAGGUGGCCUGCAGAAGACGUUCUCCAAACUGACAUCCCGGUUCACCAAGAAAACUUCAUGUACCAGCUCUAGCAGUAGCACAAAUUAUUCCAUUCCAAGUACCCCUUCCAAAAACAUCUUCAUAGGUGGGUGUUUAGAAGAAAAGGCCAAAAUGCCCAGCAAUAUUGAUUCAAGGCUACAAAGCAUUUUGAACAUUGGGAAUUUUCCCAGGACUACAGACCCUUCACAGUCAGCUCAAAAUUCCAGCAAUCAAAUGGCCAAUGGUUUUCUCAUGGAGAGGCGAGACAACUUCCUGCGAGGAGAUGAUGGCAAAGAUGAGAAGGGUAUGAACUUGCCAACCGAUCAGGAAAUGCAGGAGGUGAUAGAUUUUCUCUCGGGCUUUAAUAUGGGCCAGUCACAUCAGGGCUCCCCACUGGUGACAAGACGUAAUUCUGCUGCCACAGCUAUGGUGACUGAGCAGAAGGCAGGAGCUAUGCAGCCACAGCAGCCACCACUGCCAGUGCCCCCUCCACCGCGGCCACCCCAGGCUGGGGCACAUGCACCUCUGACGCCCCAGCCAGGCCUGGCACCUCAGCAGCAGUCCCCAAAGCAACCACAACCCCAGGUCCCCUACUACCAGCACCUGCUCCAGCCCAUUGGAUCACAGCAGCCCCCGCCCCAGCCUCGGGCCCCAGGGAAGUGGGUGCAUAGCUCGUCUCAGCAGCCAUCACAGCCCGUUGGAGCGGGUCUGUCACCUCUUGGUCAGUGGCCUGGCAUAUCUGAUCUCAGUUCUGACUUGUACAGCUUGGGUCUGGUGAGCAGCUAUAUGGAUAAUGUGAUGUCAGAGGUUUUGGGACAGAAGCCACAGGGACCUAGAAAUAACACCUGGCCAAACCGUGAUCAAAGCGAUGGAGUGUUUGGGAUGUUGGGAGAGAUUCUGCCUUUUGAUCCUGCAGUGGGUUCAGACCCUGAGUUCGCACGCUAUGUGGCAGGAGUGAGCCAGGCAAUGCAGCAGAAGCGGCAAGUCCAACAUGGUCGCCGCCCAGGCAACCCCCGGGGCCACUGGCCACCCAUGGAUGAUGCCCAUCGGACCUGGCCUUUCCCGGAGUUCUUCACAGAAGGGGAUGGCCUGCACAGUGGCUGGUCGGGCACUCAGGGAGACUCGGCCAGCUCAAGUGAUGAGACAUCGUCUGCCAACGGGGACAGCUUGUUCUCCAUGUUUUCUGGACCUGACCUCGUUGCUGCUGUCAAGCAGAGAAGGAAACACAGCAGUGGAGAGCAGGAGACCAGCACACUGCCCUCCCCGCCUCUUCUCACCACAGUGGAGGACAUGAACCAGGACAACAAAACCAAAACGUGGCCCCCCAAAGCACCCUGGCAACACCCUUCCCCGCUUCCCAGCACGCUGCCUAGUCCAAGCACACCACUCUACGCGGUCUCCAGUCCCGGCAGCCAGUGGAAUGACACCAUGCAAAUGCUGCAGUCCCCGGUGUGGGCAGCGACCAGUGAUUGCAGCGCUGCCUCCUUCACCUAUGUGCAGAGCCCGCCGCAGCCUCCACCCCAACCUGCACACAAGGCAGUGCCCAAGGGCUUCAAGGCCUUCCCCGGGAAGGCUGAACGCAGACCAGCCUACUUGCCCCAGUACUAACCCAGGGCCAGCCUGCCUGCCUGCCUGCCUGCCCAGAGCUGGUGGGGCCUGUGUCCCCACCCCAGGGCUGACUAGCUGGCACCAGCCCGCCAGAGGACCAGUGCACCCCUGUCCCAGGCAGGGGCCCUUGGGGGGUGGGGGUGGUUGGCAGCUCCAAGCCUUUAAGGCCCGGCUUCUCAAGCCUUGGAGACAUCAGAGCCCUGGAGGGCCAGCUGAAGACAGAGGUUUCUGAUCCUCCGCAGGGAGAUGCUGAGGGAGCUUCAAACUUAAGCACCUCUGGUGAUUCUGCUGCGGGUGGGCCACAGGCCACACUUGGAGAAACACAGCUCUCAAGUUUGUAGUCCCACUGUGUGUGUUGCAAGCCUGAAGGCUGAGAGCAAAACUGACCAUUCCCUGCCCCUCCUUAACACCAAGUGAUGACCACACCAAUCACUGUAAUUUAUAGUUGUUUUCAUAGAGGUUUUUAGUUACAACACCUCCUGCCUAAAAAUGGAUUGGAUAUUUUAAGGUAACAAAUAUAGUGGCUGGAGGUUUGUUCAACACUAUCUUUAUUUAAGUUAUACAAAAAAUGGGCGAAGUAUAGAACAGAAUAUUUGUGAUCAGAAGCAACCACCUGGGUUCUCCAUGGGUGGGUGGCCCCUUACUGCCCCAGCAGCACCUAAGAGGUGCAACCUUUACUGGAUUUAUAAAAGCAGGAUCUCUGGAAGCAUAUUCCUGAUGGUGCCUGAAGAUGAGCCAGCUGGCAGCUGUCCGUAUGCAGGAUGCAGCUGUGCUGGCUGCCCUCAGGUCCUUCCACGCGUGGCCAGAGGCUUUGACACAGUCUCACAAUGUGGGGGUGUGGUCAAGGGGCUGCACAGAGACACCUGAACUUGAAAUUAUAGUAACACUUGUGAGCUGGCUCAAGACAAACCAAUUAAGACAUAGAUAGGAGUUAAUUUAAAGUUUUUCUUUAAAAAAAAAAAACAAAACCACCUCAUUUUCAGUUAACAUGUGCCAUUAAAUAGACAACAUCCUGUGGAUUUAGGGAUAUUUCCAGCCAGAAUGGAUCCAGAAGAAUUGAAUGGUGCUUAAAUUGAGAAAUAAUAAUACAUAAUAUCUAUAUAGAAUAGACAUAUCCCACUGUAUAUUAAUUGAGGUUACAGAAGGUCUUUAUAUAAACUUAUUUAAAUUUUUCAUACUUCAUCUUUGAAAAGUCUAAUUGAGAAAAAUCCGUAUUUUCUGGUAUGAAAGUCUGACAGUAUUAAUAUUUUUUUUAUAUUUUCUUAAAUCAUUAAACCAUUUUAAUAUAUAUGUUAACUACUAAUAAAUGGUUUAUUCUUUCUAACUCCAUAUAAACUUUUCCAACAAAGAUUGUAAUAACACAUUUAUGUUACCAUUUUUCUACAGAUAUAAGUAGAUUUAUAUUUAAAAAUACCAAAAAGAAAAAGGUAUAUAUAUAUAUAUAUAUAUAUAUAUAUGUAUUAUGUAUGUAUAUAUAUAUAUAUAUAUAUAUAUGCACACUAAUUAUAGAGGACCCUUAGGGUGUCUGAGCCCAGCCAUCUGAAUGUUUAGCACUGUGUUGCCAGGCUGCUUCCAGGCCUCCGGCGUGGCCUUCUGUGCUGUGUGGGGACGCCGUUGCCGCCUGCACUUAACGGUCCUUUCACUGCAGGUUCUGAACAUUCACCUCUCCAUGUUUACAGAGACCUAUUUUGUACAUAGACUUUUCCAGGCACAUGCUUUGCACCAACCCUACGUGGCUCUUGUCUUGUGUUAGCUGUCACAGUGUGUGCACUAAUGUUUGUUGAAGUUGUUUGUGGCUGUUCUACUUGUAAGAUAGUUUUCUAUUUCCUUCAGUAAUGUGUCCCCAGGACCCUGUAUUUCAAUUUCUAUUAUAUGGAAGUACUCUUGUUUUAAUAGUGCCUCCCCAAAGACCUCACCCUGGACAGAGGUCAGUUGUUGAUGCUGAUGCCCCAGCACAGGUGACAUCAACAUUGCUAACUGUCACUUUCUAGUCUGUUUUUCUCGAUUAAGGAAGACAUUUUGUAGUUGCAUCUCCGUGGGCUGUGAGACUGCAAAGCUGUCUGUGUGGUCUCCUCGCAGGUGCUGUGUUUUCCACACCGCCUUGCUCUGAACACUGGUGAUUCCAGGUGCUGCGCUCGGCAGAGGUGGGGGUCUCACCAAAGCGCAUGCAUGUGUGUGUGUGCGUGUUUGUCCUUUGCAUGGCCGGGCAUGGCUGCCUUGCUCGGGCAUCAGUAGGACGCUGUGUGAAUAGUUACAAUGCUUCCAAACUGGAACUCUACAUUUUGUAUCUUUUAAAGCUCCUAUAAGUAAAAUAACUAUUGGCUUUAUUAAAAAUAUACAUUUAAUAAUA